AUACUCACAUUGUAUAUGGUGUAUUUUGUUAGUUUUGAUGUGAUGGAACUAAUAGGAGAUUCUAAUAGUAAGUCACGGGACAUUGCUUCAUGGCCUAGUGCCGUUUCUCAUUACAUGCUGGAGUGUAUAUUGAAGCAGUACAAGAGUGGUAAGAGUGGAGAUAAUGGACUGAAAAAUGAACAGUUCAUUGAAAUUGCCAACCAACUGAAAGAGAAAUUAUUUACUAGUUACGACUGUGAACAAGUGAGAAACCAUUUCCGGAUUUGGAAGCAAAGACUUAGAGCAUUGGUUGACCUACAGAAGCAAAGUGGAUUGGGUUGGAAUGCAUCUGAUAUGAGAUUUGAUGCUCCUCAACACUUCUGGAAUGACUAUAGGAAAAAAGAACAAAAGUAUUGGAAGGAACAUAGUGUGCUCCCAAUUCACCUUGAAGUUGGAGCUUUGCUAAGGAAAGAGAUGGCAACUGGGAAUGAUUCAACAGUCCCCUCUGAAGCUGCCACUGAAGUUAUGAUGGACGUGACAGGUACUCAGGUUGAGGGAAUAGGGAACAAUGAUGGUGUUGAUUAUGAACCUAUUAAAGAAGAAGAAAGUAUUCCUUCCACUCCCAUUGGUAGUACCAGCCGUUCUCGAGGAAGACCUUGUGGACCCGUCAAUAGUGGUAGAGAAAAGAGGAAGAAGGGUACAACUGAAAAGGUGGUAAGUCCAUUGAAAUCGAUUGCUAACUCAAUCGAGAAGAUGGUAAUGAGUGAAUCUCAGUCUGAAUUUGGGAGAGCAAUUAUAGAUGUUGUUGAUGCCAUUCCAGACCUCAAUUUUCAACAAAAGUUUAAGGCCAAGGAAUAUUUCAUGACCAAGAAGAAUUCUGCCAUUAUCUUCUUGGAGACAAGAGUAGAAGAUAGGCGAAAUCUACUUGAGAUGUACUUGCCAGAGAUUGAAAAGAAUUGAGGUGACAAUAGAAAGUGUGAAGAAUUCGAAGACAAUGGUUUUUUGAAUAGAAAUUUGAUGUGUUUGGUUGAUGUAACUUGAUAUUAUGUUCAGUAUGUGACAGUAUUUUCUAUGCAGAUUUCAUCUCUUGAAAAUGUUUG